AUGAAUUUCGAUGUUGGAGGUCCAUCAUAUUUAUCAUCAUCUUCAUCUUCGGAUGAUGAUAAUUUUCUUACCAAUAUCAUUGUAGAGAUUGAUGAAACCGAAGAAGUAAUUUGUGAGUACAUCAACAACAACAUGAUCAUCGCUAACAAUUUACGUCAACAAAACUACCAACCGAUCCAUGGUGGCUCGAUUCCUGGUCAUGCAGUGAUCAACCGCGAUCGAGAAAAUGCGCAUCAGAAUUUGGUCAUAGAUUACUUUGCCGAUAAUCCACGUUUUGGAGAAGAUAUGUUUCGUCGUCGAUAUCGGAUGUCAAGAAGUUUGUUCAUUCGUAUUGUUGAUGCAGUGAAAGAUCAUGACCAUUACUUCCAACAACGAAGUGAUGGACUUGGUAGAAUGAGAUUAUCACCGUUACAAAAAGUAACAACUGUUUUUCGCAUGUUGGCAUACGGUCUACUAGCUAAUGCUACGGACGAAUACGUUAAAAUAGGUGAGUCAACAGCAAUUGAAAGUAUGAAAAGAUUUUGUCGUGCUAUGGUGGAGAUAUUCGCAGAGCGGUAUCUACGAACACCUAACGCUAACGAUAUUGUUAGGCUACUUUAUAUUGGUAAAAAACAUGGUUUUCCAGGAAUGUUAGGAAGUCUUGAUUGCACCAAUAAUGAUAUCAAUGUGCUGGAGUCAUCUAAUCUUUUCUCUAACCUAGCUCAAGGUAUUGCUCCUCCCGCUCACUAUGUUAUUCAAGGAAAAGAGUAUAAUAUGGGUUAUUAUUUAGCUGAUGGUAUAUAUCCGAAAUGGGCUACUAUUGUACAAACAAUCCAACAGCCACAAGGUAGGAAGAAAAAAUAUUUUGCCAUGAAACAGGAAGCAUGUAGAAAAGAUGUAGAACGUGCGUUCGGAGUUCUCCAAUCACGAUUUGCAAUUGUGGCAGGAUCAGCACGUUUUUGA